AGCCCCAUUCAAUUCUAUGGGGAGUUACUGCGCAGGCGCGGCUCGUGCCGGAGAUUUCUGUACUGAGGAUGUUUAGAACGGAGGAGGCCGCUGCAGUGACGGAGAGUGAUUAAAGCGUCAGCUUUACAGAAGGGCAAUUAUGACUACUGAAACCUUUGUAAAAGAUGUGAAGCCUGGUCUCAAAAACCUGAAUGUAAUUUUUAUUGUUCUUGAAACAGGCAGAGUCACCAAGACAAAGGAUGGACAUGAAGUGAGAACUUGUAAAGUGGCUGACAAGACGGGAAGCAUCAACAUCUCUGUUUGGGAUGAUGUGGGAAACUUGAUCCAGCCUGGGGAUAUCAUCAGACUUACAAAAGGCUAUGCUUCUGUCUUCAAAGGCUGUCUGACUCUUUACACAGGACGGGGAGGUGACUUGCAGAAGAUUGGAGAAUUUUGCAUGUUAUAUUCUGAAGCGCCUAAUUUUAGUGAACCAAACCCUGAGUAUGUGGCACAGCAAUCCCAAAACAAACAGGCACAAGCAGACAGUCUGCCAGGAACAGCCAAUCACAGCUCCUCCAGCAGUGUGGCUCCGGCAGAUCAACACAGUGAUGGGAAGCAAAGGGAAGCUUCUGAUUUGCCCAAUGGUAAUGGAACCAACAACCAGAGCAGUGCUGUACAUCCACCCCCAACAACUGCCCAUCCAUCAAGCGGACGGAUUACACGUAGCCAGCCUAACCACUCACUCCCUGGAGCACCAAACUCCAUUAGUAAUGGCAAAGAGACACGGCGGACUGGGAAGAGAUAGCAGUUCUGAUUUAAUGGCCAAAGCUGUGUUCAGCCAUCCAUCCCAUGCACAUCCAUCUAGUUUGUAUCCAGGGAAGAGCAGAAUUUUUGGAUCAUCUCUGGUUCCAGUAAGGCUACCUACAGACAUUAGAUUGCAGUUUGAAGAAACAGGCUAUUUAUUUACGAAUAUUGCCAAAAAAAAUUAUGUGCAUAAGUGGAAUUUUUUGGCAGUUUACCAUAGGAUGAACAUCGUUUUUGCAUCUUUAAAGUGUAUGCAAACUUUAGCAAUUAACGUCUCUCAUCUUCUC